GCCAGUUGAUAGAUAAGUUAGCGAGCUGGUAGCAUACAAAAAAAUGAAGGUUUGCUGUGUUCUCCUUGCCGUUUUGGUAACAGCGUAUAUUGCUGAUGCCAAUGUCCCACCAUCAUACGAUGUAGACAACCAAGUUAUUCUUGUCUUUUCAUUAAUCAGCGCCCAAAGGUCGGGAGUGAGCCCGAACUCUGUGCUUGAAAUGAUCUUCCCAACUUUAAUGGACAAUAGCAUCGACCUUUCAAGAGAAAUGCAACUCGCUCUUCUCGUCUCUGCUGGGUUUACCCGAGAGCUCGCCCACGCAACUUUAAACGAAGUUAUCCCCAUGAUGGCACGAGAUGGCAAAAGCAAUGAAGAACAAGUGAUGACUUUGCUUCUUCUUACCCGACAAUUCUGCCGAAAAAAUAAGGGCAGCAGCACUACUUGCCCAGAGGAUGAAGGCACAGUUCUCCCAUUGGUAGCAAUGAAGGAGGAACGUGGCUGCAAGGGCGGAGAUAUCUACAGCGAGUACCCAGUCCAUGAGAACGAUACGUGCAGAUGCAACGAACAAGGAGAUGCCAUGUUCUGGGUUUCACUCUUCGACCGAUUCUCGAGACAAAUUAACUCCUCCUCUGUCGUCCAAACCUACAAUACUACCACACACCAGCUUGUUGAUCGCAUCGUACCCGACCAAAUGCCAAUCAUUAUGAUGAUGAUUUUGGAUGACAUGCAGUGCAAUGGUACUUUGAAAGUCAACCCAGGAAGCUGUACAUGCAACAGAGUUACCGAGGGACAUCAGGCAACACUUCUCCAAUAUGCUGUUACAUCCGAAGAAGUACAGGCCAGUCUUACACCCGAACAACGCCGAGCAGUUCGACAAGCAUUCGGUGCACCAGUGCCACGUCAGUCCACCACCCUCAACGAUUACUUUUUGGCCAGCAUGGCAGGAACCACAAGCCCACAGUUGCUCUCUAUCUUGGUAAACAGAGGCGAAUCCCAAUCCGUUAUGCUUCGUCAACUCAUUAUGUCCAGUUUCGGUCUUGACUCUAGCAUGGUACAUCUUCUAUUAAACGGUGGAUUUGGUAACGACGCUAACAAAGUAGCAAUGAUCAACUACCUUGCCAGCAUCGGUGCAGUCGACCCAACUAUUCUUCCAUUGCUCUUGCAAGUAAACCAAGGACGGGAUUUCUACAUCAGCAGUCUCAUUCAAGCUGGCCGAAUCAAUCCUUUGAUGGGCAUGAUCAUUCUCGCACAACAAGGAGGCGCUUCCCAGUCUCAACUCCUCAAUUACAUUACCCAAGCAGUUGCUGGCUCGUCAAACCCAGCUUACUUUGAGAGUUUGACCCGUCCUUACAUCCCCGCAUUGCCUUCCGGUAUUUUCCCUGGUUCUAAGCUUUACUUUGCUCAUUUCGAGAGCCUCGGUGUCAACACAUGCGCUCUGCACGAUCUCAGAAACCGAAUCCAAUGCGGAUACCUUGGUAUCACUGCCGCUGCUUGUGAAACUGCACCAUACUGUUGUUACAACCCCAUUUUCCUUACUGACGUUGAAGUACGAAAUGCAACCAACAAUGCUAUUCUUUCCGCCACAGCAGUGCCAUGGUGUUACUACAACGUUUUCUUUGUUUACCACAACAGCUACUACUUGGAGGUUAAGAAACCAACAAAAUUCGCAUCACCAAUUCAAUGUCUUGGACUAUUCAAAUACGGUUUAACCCUUGAUAACACUUUCUACCACCUUUAUGACCCAGCAAACCCAGACAAUGGUGUUGGAAGACUUGUUAAUCCUCGAUAUGAAUGCGGUUUCCCCGGUGUGACUCAAUUCCACUGCGUUGCUAUUAGAGGAUGUUGUUGGGAUGAGAACUCACCAUACAGAGUCCCACAAUGCUACCAACCAAAUGGACCAUCAAACCUUGAAUUCAACUUUGAUCAAAUCCCAGUUGCUUACAAACCAGCAAAUGGAUCCUGCAACGUAAACAUUCACAAAAUCCCAAUGCUCUACUACUCAAGAGUGGCUUGCCACUACACCAUAAAUUACCACAUUAUUGGUUACAACAUAUUAUCUAUCCCCAAUAGAGUGGAUUGCCUUACUAAACUAGGAUGUUGUUAUGAAGAUGACGAGACUGUCGUUGCUCAAUACCCAUCUAUUCCACGAUGCUAUUCAAGAGAAAUCGGAACAAUAGCCGGUUUGCCAGCAAUAGGAAGUUUAAUUCGUUCUGGCAGCACAUCACCAUUUGGACCUGAAUUCCCACCAGUUGGAGGCAAAAAGUGAAUCUGAACUAUAUACUUGCCUAUUUCUUGUAUAAUGUAACUUGUCGUAUGUUGGGCGACUUCUUUCCUUUUCAUUUUUAUAUGUUAAUGUCACAAGACAACUGAAUGGCUGCACAAUAAGAAAAAUACUAGAAAAAUUGUACAGUUAAUAUUACUAUUCAAAGCUUUGAUUAUUUAUUCUGAGCAAAAUGAUAACCUGCUGUAAACUAGCCCUCAGUCAAGUUAUUGUACUGCCGUUACUGCCAUGCCAAUGUAGUAUGCAGAUUAAUGUUAACUUUUUAACAAAUAUUACGAGCUUUACUAAAUUUUGGUGAUACACGCCCACUAACGCUGUACUGUUAUGUAAUAAAAAAUAUCACGAAAGGUU